CUUGCCCUGAUCACCCUCGGCAGCCCAGCCCCGGCCCAAUGCUGCCGCAAACGCCCCUGCUGGCGCUCCUCCGCCGCCUGGAGGCUCAGCAGAUAUGGCGAAUGAGCUACAACGUGCUGCCUAUGCAGCAGCAGUACUCCACCGCCGCGCAGGUGGAGCCCGCAGAUGCCGGCGCCGAGUGGGUGGACAACCCUGGCGUGAGCGCCCAGGAUGCAGUCAAGAUACUGGUGCACCAAAUCCAGCAGAGCGGGCCCAUCAAGCAGCGCCACCUGCAGCUGCUGUACCGCCGCUGCCAGACGCCCGAUGAUCUGGACAAGGCCCUGAAGCUGACCCGGCUCAACUACCUGGCACGCGGCGAGCUGCAGCAGCACAAGCCCUUCAGCCACAAGACCAGCCAGGUCCUCAUCCACCAAGCGCUGAAUGUGGGUGCUCCCGAGGUGGCGCAGAAGGCGCUGCGCAACGCAUCCGAGUUUGGUCUGAGCCACGACUCGUACAAGGAGUUCCACCCGCUCAUGAUCUAUUACUCCAAGCAGGGCGCGCUGCAGCAGAUGUUUGAGGUGUUUGAGUUCAUGCGGGGGCACGGCCGCCGCCCGGGCCCCGAGACGUGUUACAUCCUGGUGAAGGGAUGUGUGGACCACGGCCGCCCAGACCUGGCAGAGCUGACCAUUCGCGAGUUUGAGCAGAACGGUGUGCGGGUACGGGACGGUACCAAGCUGUACCUGGAUCAGAACCGGCACAAGGGCCUGAUGAUGCAGCCCCCAGCCAACCCCAUGGACGCAGCAGCAGCAGCCGCGCACCCGGCCGCCACCGCCGCCGCGCAGCAGGCAAUGAUGGGCGGCGCGGCAGCGGCCGCUGUCCUGGCCGCCGGCCGCUGA